AUGGCCGCCUCACCACUAUAUAAUCCCGCCUCCCCGUCUCCCAACCGGCCUCUAGCUACAGCAGCGCAUUCACUCGCUCCUCCUCCGGCUGUCGUCGUUACCCAAGCAGACCACCUCGGCUCAUCUCCGCGCUUCCUCCUCUGUCCAAGGCAGGAGGAGGCUUGGCGGCGGCGGCGUUGGGCAGCGGCGGCUGCUGCAAUGGUGGACGUGGACCGACGGAUGGCCGGCCUCAGCCUCACCCCGGCGGCGCACGCGGCGGGGCUGCGCCGCCUGUCCACGCGCGCCGCGGCGCGUCCUUCCUCCUCGGCGUCGGCGGCCUCCCCGCGGCAGCACGGGCUGCACUCCUUCGCUCCGCUGGCCGCCGCGGUGCUGGAGCACCUCCGGGCCUGCCCCGGGGUGGCCACCGUGCUCCCGGGCCUCACGGAGCUGGAGCUGGCGCGCGCCGAGGCCGAGCUCGGGUUCGCGUUCCCGCCCGACCUCCGCGCCGUCCUCGCCGCGGGCCUCCCGUCGGGGCCCGGGUUCCCCGACUGGCGCUCCCGCUCCGGGCUCCGCUCAGCGUUCGACCUCCCCAUCGCGGCGGCGUCGCUGCAGAUCGCGCGCGGAGCGCUGUGGCCCCGGUGCUGGGGAGCGCGCCCCGCCGACCCGGACCGCGCGCUGCGGCUCGCGCGCUCCGCCAUCCGACGCGCGCCGCUGCUCGUGCCGCUCUUCGACCGCUGCUUCCUGCCCUGCCGCCCCUGCCUCGCGGGCAACCCGGUGUUCUUCGUCACCGACGACCGCGUCCUCUGCGUCGGCCUCGACAUCCUCCACUUCUUCACCCGCGACGCCUGCUUCCAGCCGCUGGACCCGCGGGCGGUGCCGACACCGCUGGCGCCGCAGCAGCAGCACGCCGGCGAGGCCGCCGCGACAACGCCGUGCACGCGCCGCAGCCUCGACGCGGCGUGCGGCGGCAAGGCGCCGCGCUGGAUCGAGUUCUGGAGCGACGCGGCGUCCGACCGCCGCCGCCGCGACUCGUCCUCGUCGGAGGCGUCCACCGCGUCGUCGCGGUCCUCCGGUGCGCGUCGCCGCCGCCGCCGGCCAGGCGGUCCAGGAACCCGCACUGGGUGGACAGCUACCUUGACCGGCUGGGCCACGUGCUGA